AUGAGACACCCGAUACCCGACACCCAAUACCCGAUACCCGACACCCAAUACCCGAUACCCGACACCAAAUACCCGAUACCCGACACCCAAUUACCGAUACCCGACACCCAAUACCCGAUACACGACACCCAAUACCCGAUACCCGACACCCAAUACCCGAUACCCGACACCCAAUACCUGAUACCCGACACCCAAGACCCGAUACCCGACACCCAAUACCCGACACCCACAUCCGAUACCCGACACCCAACACCCGAUACCCAACACCCAACACCCGACACCCGACACCCGACACCCAAUACCAUUUACUCAACACCCAACACCCGAUACCCGACACAAAAUACCCUUAAUAACCGUCACCAACACCCGAUAGCUGACACCCAACACCCGACACCCGACACCCAAUACCUAAUACUUGACCCUAAACAUUCGAUACCUGAUGCCCGACAUCCAAUACCCAAUACCUGA